UGGACCGAUCAGGUCUUCCGGUACAGCUCGGGUAGUGACAACAUCUCCCAGCGUCCGCCGCCAUUGCGGAUUUUGGACAGAAGCUCAGCCGCCGUUAUCCCAUCGAUGCCGUGCAGCAAGACGUCCCCCCCAGAAGCCGACACAUUGAGCAUCUUUACGGACACGUCGCUUGGCUGGCACGUUUAACAGCACUGCCGUGUUUUUGCCGUCCCUUUCAUUGAUAACAUUUUUGAAGCCGGACUGGAUCCGACCUACACGUAGCGCAAGGAGGUCGUAGUAGCUAGCUGCCCUGCGAGCUAGCACAACGGCUAACAUUUCCAUAACGCUGGAGAAGCCCGAGGAAAACACCAUGUCCCAAAUCCUGCCCAUCCGCUUCCAGGAGCACCUACAGCUCCAGAACCUGGGCAUCAACCCAGCCAACAUUGGCUUCAGUACUCUGACCAUGGAGUCUGACAAGUUCAUUUGCAUAAGAGAGAAGGUUGGUGAGCAGGCCCAGGUUGUCAUUAUUGACAUGGCCGACCCCAACAACCCCAUCCGCAGGCCAAUCUCUGCAGACAGCGCUAUCAUGAACCCUGCUAGCAAAGUCAUAGCCCUUAAAGCGGCCAAGACCCUGCAAAUCUUCAACAUUGAGAUGAAGAGCAAGAUGAAGGCUCACACAAUGACGGACGAUGUGACCUUUUGGAAGUGGAUCUCCCUCAACACCGUUGCCCUGGUCACAGAUAAUGCCGUCUACCACUGGAGCAUGGAGGGUGACUCCCAGCCGAUCAAAGUCUUUGACCGACACUCUAGCCUCGCGGGCUGUCAGAUCAUCAACUACCGCACUGACGCCAAGCAGAAGUGGUUGCUGCUGAUUGGCAUUUCAGCACAGCAAAACCGUGUUGUUGGAGCAAUGCAGUUGUACUCGGUGGACAGGAAAGUUUCCCAGCCCAUCGAGGGUCACGCUGCAGGCUUUGCACAAUUCAAGAUGGAGGACAACACAGAGGAGUCCACUCUGUUCUGCUUUGCCGUACGAGGACAGGCAGGCGGAAAACUGCAUAUAAUUGAAGUCGGCACUCCACCAACUGGGAACCAGCCGUUUCCAAAGAAAGCCGUAGAUGUCUUUUUCCCUCCAGAAGCCCAGAAUGACUUCCCUGUUGCCAUGCAGAUCAGCUCCAAGCAGGAUGUGGUCUUUCUCAUUACCAAAUAUGGCUACAUCCACCUAUAUGACUUGGAAACCGGCACAUGCAUCUACAUGAACAGGAUCAGUGGGGAGACCAUUUUUGUCACUGCACCCCAUGAGCCAACUGCCGGCAUCAUUGGCGUCAACAGGAAAGGACAGGUGUUAUCAGUGUGUGUGGAGGAGGAGAACAUUAUUCCGUACAUCACCAAUGUGCUCCAGAACCCUGAUUUGGCUCUUCGCAUGGCUGUCCGCAAUAACCUUGCCGGUGCCGAAGAGCUGUUUGCCCGGAAGUUUAACACCCUUUUUGCUGCAGGGAAUUACUCAGAUGCUGCCAAAGUGGCGGCCAAUGCACCCAAGGGUAUACUGCGAACACCAGAUACCAUUCGCCGCUUCCAGAGCGUUCCUGCUCAAUCAGGCCAGCGGUCACCGUUGCUUCAGUACUUUGGUAUCCUACUGGAUCAAGGACAGCUAAAUAAGUUUGAAUCUCUGGAGCUGUGCAGGCCGGUCCUGCAGCAGGGUCGCAAACAGCUGCUAGAAAAAUGGCUGAAAGAGGACAAGCUGGAGUGCUCAGAGGAGCUUGGAGACCUGGUGAAGUCAGUCGAUCCCACACUCGCCCUUAGUGUCUACCUGAGAGCCAAUGUCCCCAACAAAGUCAUUCAGUGCUUUGCAGAGACUGGCCAGUUCCAGAAAAUUGUACUUUAUGCCAAGAAGGUGGGCUACACUCCAGACUGGAUCUUCUUGUUAAGAAAUGUCAUGCGGAUCAGCCCAGAACAAGGUCUUCAGUUCUCCCAGAUGCUGGUGCAGGAUGAAGAGCCUCUUGCUGACAUCACACAGAUUGUUGAUGUCUUCAUGGAGUACAACCUGAUCCAGCAAUGCACAUCCUUCCUACUAGAUGCUUUGAAGAACAACAGACCAAUGGAAGGACCACUACAGACACGCCUGCUGGAAAUGAAUUUGGUUCAUGCACCGCAGGUUGCAGACGCCAUUCUGGGCAACCAGAUGUUCACUCAUUACGACCGUGCGCAUGUGGCACAACUGUGUGAGAAGGCUGGUCUCCUGCAGAGGGCGCUAGAGCAUUACACUGAUCUCUAUGACAUCAAGCGAGCUGUGGUCCACACACACCUUCUCAACCCAGAGUGGUUAGUUAAUUUCUUUGGCUCCUUGUCGGUAGAGGACUCGUUGGAGUGUCUUCGGGCGAUGUUGUCAGCUAACAUCCGCCAGAACCUGCAAAUUUGUGUUCAGGUUGCCUCUAAGUACCAUGAGCAGCUCACCACUCAGUCCCUCACGGAACUCUUUGAGUCGUUCAAGAGCUUUGAAGGUUUGUUCUACUUUUUGGGUUCCAUUGUAAACUUUAGCCAGGACCCAGAGGUUCACUUUAAAUACAUUCAGGCUGCCUGCAAGACGGGACAAAUUAAAGAGGUGGAAAGAAUCUGCAGAGAAAGUAACUGCUACGACCCUGAGCGUGUGAAGAAUUUCCUCAAGGAAGCCAAAUUGACUGAUCAGUUGCCGUUGAUCAUCGUGUGUGACCGCUUUGAUUUUGUCCAUGAUCUGGUCCUGUACUUAUAUCGCAACAGUCUGCAGAAAUACAUUGAGAUCUAUGUGCAGAAGGUAAACCCAAGUCGUCUGCCGGUGGUUAUAGGAGGUUUGCUGGAUGUGGAUUGUGCAGAGGAUGUUAUCAAAAACCUGAUCCUGGUUGUAAGAGGACAGUUCUCCACAGACGAGCUAGUUGCUGAAGUGGAGAAGAGAAAUCGACUGAAGCUUCUGCUUCCUUGGCUGGAGGCUCGUAUUCAUGAAGGCUGUGAAGAGCCCGCCACACAUAAUGCUCUGGCCAAGAUAUACAUAGACAGCAACAACAACCCUGAGCGCUUCUUGAGGGAGAAUCCCUUUUAUGACAGCCGUGUGGUGGGCAAGUACUGCGAGAAGAGAGACCCUCACCUGGCCUGUGUUGCAUAUGAAAGAGGACAGUGUGACCAGGAAUUGAUUAAUGUGUGUAAUGAAAACUCGCUGUUCAAGAGUCUGUCACGCUACCUUGUGCGUCGCAAGAACCCUGAGCUGUGGGCUAGUGUGCUGCUGGAGACCAACAACUAUAGAAGACCACUCAUCGACCAGGUUGUCCAGACAGCCCUGACGGAGACCCAGGAUCCUGAGGAGGUGUCUGUCACAGUUAAGGCUUUCAUGACCGCUGACCUUCCCAAUGAGCUCAUUGAGCUUUUGGAGAAGAUUGUCCUGGAUAACUCCGUCUUCAGUGAGCACAGAAACCUCCAAAACCUGCUCAUUUUGACAGCGAUUAAAGCCGAUCGGACCCGGGUCAUGGAAUACAUCAACCGUCUGGACAACUAUGACGCCCCAGAUAUUGCAAACAUCGCCAUUAGCAAUGAGUUGUUUGAAGAGGCCUUUGCUAUUUUUAGGAAAUUUGAUGUCAACACUUCUGCUGUGCAGGUUCUGAUCGAGCACAUUGGUAACCUGGACAGAGCUUAUGAGUUUGCCGAGCGCUGCAACGAACCCCCGGUGUGGAGUCAGCUGGCAAAAGCCCAGCUCCAGAAGGGCCUGGUCAAAGAAGCUAUUGACUCCUACAUCAAGGCCGAUGACCCCUCUGCUUACAUGGAGGUGGGACAAGCUGCUGCUCAAAGUGGCAACUGGGAGGACCUGGUGAAGUUUCUGCAGAUGGCCCGCAAGAAGGCUCGCGAGUCUUAUGUUGAAACUGAGCUAAUCUUUGCUUUGGCUAAGACAAACCGCCUUGCUGAGCUGGAAGAGUUUAUAAAUGGACCCAAUAAUGCUCACAUACAGCAAGUAGGUGACAGGUGCUACGACGACAAGAUGUAUGACGCAGCGAAGCUGCUUUACAACAAUGUGUCCAACUUUGGCCGCCUGGCCUCCACUCUUGUGCACCUGGGAGAGUACCAGGCAGCUGUAGACGGAGCUCGCAAAGCCAACAGCACCCGUACCUGGAAGGAGGUCUGUUUUGCAUGCGUUGAAGGGAAGGAGUUCCGGCUUGCCCAAAUGUGCGGCCUGCACAUUGUUGUGCAUGCUGAUGAGCUGGAGGAACUCAUCAACUACUACCAGGACCGUGGCUACUUUGAGGAGCUAAUCACCAUGCUGGAGGCCGCUUUGGGACUGGAGCGGGCUCAUAUGGGAAUGUUCACAGAGCUGGCAAUCCUCUACUCCAAAUUCAAACCUCAAAAAAUGAGAGAGCACUUAGAGCUCUUCUGGUCCCGUGUUAACAUUCCAAAGGUUCUCAGGGCAGCUGAGCAAGCGCACCUCUGGGCAGAACUGGUCUUCCUCUAUGAUAAGUAUGAAGAAUACGACAAUGCCAUCAUCACCAUGAUGAGCCAUCCUGCUGAUGCCUGGAAAGAGGGCCAGUUCAAAGACAUUGUAACCAAGGUGGCCAAUGUGGAGCUGUAUUACAAAGCCACCCAGUUUUAUUUGGAGUUCAAACCCUUGUUAUUAAAUGACUUGCUCAUCGUUCUCUCGCCAAGGCUGGACCACACGCGUGCUGUCAACUUUUUUAGCAAGAUGAAGCAUCUACCGCUGGUUAAACCAUACCUCAGGUCGGUCCAGAAUCACAACAACAAAUCUGUCAAUGAGGCUCUCAACAACCUCUUCAUUGUCGAGGAAGACUAUGCGGCACUGCGCACUUCAAUCGAUGCUUACGACAACUUUGACAACAUCUCGUUGGCUCAAGGCCUGGAGAAGCAUGAGUUGAUCGAGUUCAGAAGGAUCGCGGCAUACCUUUUUAAGGGCAACAAUCGCUGGAAACAAAGUGUGGAGCUCUGCAAGAAGGACAAGCUUUACAAGGACGCCAUGCAGUACGCAUCUGAGUCCAAAGACAUCGAACUGGCAGAGGAGCUGCUUGCGUGGUUCCUGGAGGAGGACAAGAAGGAGUGUUUUGCUGCCUGCCUGUUUACGUGCUACGACUUGUUGCGGCCGGACGUGGUGCUCGAGACCGCCUGGAGGCACAACAUCAUGGACUUUUCCAUGCCAUACUUCAUCCAGGUCAUGCGGGAAUAUCUCAGUAAGGUUGAUGCGAUAAAGGAAAAGGUGGACAAAUUGGAAGCCUCUGAGUCCUUAAGGAAACAGGAGGAACAGGCCACAGAAUCUCAACCAAUUGUUUAUGGCACACCGCAGCUCAUGCUAACGGCAGGGUCCAACGUGGCGGUGCCCCCCCAGCAGGCGUACGGCUACGGCUACACAGCAGCACCAGGCUACGUACAGCCGGCACCACCACAGACCAACUUUGGAUACGGCAUGUGAAGCCCCCACUUUUCCCCUCUCGCUGUCUAGUUUGUGUUCUUCUCCAGCCUCCCAUGGUCCUCUACCCUCAACAGAGGCCAUAAGCAAGCCCACUCAUACUUUUUUAUUUAUAUUAUCUUGUCCUGUUAGCAGACAAAGAAAACAUUUAAAUGCAAUGAAGGACUUUUAUUUGUAUUGUUUGAAAUUGGACCACGUGUUUGUUACUUUUCCCCACAUUCCAUAUUUAUGACUCCUUGUUCUUUGUAUGUUUUUUUUAUUGUUGAUUUAUUGGUUUGUCAGUGGAAGUGGACUUGCUAAAGCUGCGCAAAGCAGGUGGAGGAGCAUUGGAUUUUGCAUUCAUGUGAGAAGAGAGAAGCUCUCAUAUAUGUCCGAACACGUGAGCAUCUUUAACCUUGUCUCGUUUGUCCGACAUCAUGACAUUGUAUAUUUUGAGGAGAGAAAAAACAUAGGGUUGCAUAUAAUAUUUGAACAUAACAAUAUAUUGCCAUGUGAAUGGCUACUCCUAGCAAGUAAAGUAAUGAUAGUAUAUUCUGCACAGGUGUGUAGCUUUAUGAUGUUUUUAAAUGCAUACAGAUGUACAGGUAGAUUCAGAAGUAUUUGGGCACCACUAUGGAUUUGAAAUGUUCACCAUCCAUUAUGGCAAGAUCAUAAAAACUCACUGUACAAAUACUUAUGCAGCUAACUGUAUGUCACUUUAUGAUUGAGUCAGUGUGUAUAAGAAUGUGUGUGUGUGAGACCUAAUGAUGAUGGUCUGAAAAAUAAUUUUAACCCCCCCCCAGCCCUCUGGUCCCUGCUAGAUGUCGGCUCCUCUUCCUGCGUGUAUUUAGGUGACCUCUUGUGCCGUGUACAGUGCUUGUGUGAGACUGUAUCUGUGUAUGUGCAAAAAGAAAGGGCAGGACUAAAUGUACCAGGCGUGUGUAUUUACCCUCA